AUGCGGGAAUACCAGUGCGCCUCUGAUAGAGUAGAAACCUGUGAAGAAUGCUCCUAUAUUAUUUUACUCGUACUGCGAUGUAGUGGUGCCACAGCGGUAGUUCAAGCAGCGCUAUGCAAACCGAGGCAAGAACGUGUAGCAAUAAAAAGAAUCAAUUUAGAAAAAUGCCAGACAAGUAUGGAUGAAUUGCUUAAAGAAAUUCAAGCCAUGAGUCAAUGCAGCCAUCCCAACAUAGUUACUUAUUAUACAUCUUUUGUGGUCAAGGAUGAGCUUUGGUUGGUUAUGAAACUGCUAAGCGGAGGCUCUAUGCUGGAUAUAAUAAAGUAUGUUGUAAAUAGAGGAGAACACAAAAGUGGUGUUCUUGAAGAAUCAAUAAUAGCAACAAUUCUUAAAGAAGUUUUGGAAGGUUUAGAUUAUCUUCACAGGAAUGGGCAAAUCCACAGGGAUUUAAAAGCUGGUAAUAUUCUUCUGGGUGAAGAUGGUUCUGUACAAAUAGCAGAUUUUGGCGUUAGUGCAUUUUUAGCCACAGGAGGUGAUGUUACCCGUAACAAAGUAAGAAAGACAUUUGUUGGUACUCCAUGUUGGAUGGCACCUGAAGUCAUGGAACAGGUGAGAGGCUAUGACUUCAAGGCUGAUAUUUGGAGCUUUGGAAUAACAGCCAUUGAAUUAGCUACAGGGGCUGCACCUUACCACAAAUAUCCUCCAAUGAAAGUAUUAAUGCUGACCUUGCAGAAUGACCCUCCAACAUUGGAAACAGGUAUUGAAGAUAAAGAAAUGAUGAAAAAGUAUGGCAAGUCCUUUAGAAAACUAAUUUCUCUGUGUCUUCAAAAAGAUCCUUCCAAAAGACCUACGGCUGCAGAACUUUUAAAAUGCAAGUUCUUCCAGAAGGCGAAGACUCGAGAAUACUUGAUUGAGAAGCUGCUUACAAAGACACCUGAUAUAGCACAAAGAGCAAAAAGGGUUAGAAGAGUACCCGGUUCCAGCGGCCACCUGCACAAGACAGAAGAUGGAGAUUGGGAGUGGAGUGAUGAUGAAAUGGAUGAGAAAAGUGAAGAGGGCAAAGCUGCUUUUUCUCAAGAAAAGUCACGAAGAGUAAAAGAAGAAGAGAAUGCUGAGAUUUCCAUGAAUUCCAGCAAUAUCCCUGAUCAAAUACAGAAUCUAUCUAUAAAAGGUUCUCAGACUCAGCCUGCUGUUAGCGAUGAAUAUGGUGAAGUUCCCUGUGCUGUGAAUCUUGUUUUAAGACUAAGGAAUUCCAGAAAAGAGCUUAAUGACAUACGGUUUGAAUUUACUCCAGGCAGAGACACAGCAGAUGGUGUAUCUCAAGAGCUGUUCUCUGCAGGCCUGGUUGAUGGCCACGAUGUAGUUAUAGUUGCUGCUAAUUUACAAAAAAUAGUAGAAGACCCCAAGGCCUUGAAAACAUUAACCUUUAAGCUGGCGUCCGGCUGCGACGGUACCGAGAUCCCUGAUGAGGUAAAACUGAUUGGGUUUGCUCAAUUAAGUGUCAGCUGAUGCCAGUCACAUGACACACACCCCCCAGCAAAACCAGUGAGAUUGCAAAGAGGCCAGCUUUACAUUGCGAAGGAAAAAAUCUCAAGCGCCACACACUGAGUUCUGCUUCAUUCUAUAGCAAAUCACCAAGUCGGAACAAGCAAAAGCCCACAGCUGCACUACUCCUGCUAACAUUCCAAAAAGCUACUAAAUGUGUCUCUAGUGAUCAGUUCGGAUUUCGCUGACGUGAAAAACAGAUGGAUCGGAAGUGCACUCAGGUGGCUGUAUCCACUGGUUGCAAAAGGAAUUUUUCUACCGGAGCGAUUUCUUCUUUAAUUUAAAACAAAAUCCAGUAAUAACUUUUUAGUGGGUAACACUGGCCCUUGGCUGUUGUAUGUAGAAAUGGAACAUAAUUAAACGCUAGGGUUGAUUAGCCAAACUUGAAUUCCUGUUUUAAAACAAACUGUGAAUUUUAUUCCCCCUCCCCUCUCCAUAUUUAUGCAUUGUACAUCCGAGCUGUAAGGAAUCGAUUCCCUCUCCCUCUCCUUGGUUCUUGAUUUACAUGCUACUUGCAGUUUAAAAUGUUUGUUUAAAACAAGUUUCAGCUUUA